CUUCAUUCCCUCUGCGCACUUCGAACCGAUCGCUCGUAUCGCUCCCGGUGCUCGAAAGCCGAUUCCGAAUCCGAAUUCGAAACGAACCCUCAACCGAAAUCCGAAUUUCAGAACGCCGCACUUCGACUUCGACUCCGAUUCGAAUUCCUUUUACGCGCUAAUUUAUUGAACACUCUUGAAGGGCUCGUAAAAUUCCGAAAUUACGUCAUUAGCAUAUUGUGUUUGUGUUUAAAGAGCAAAGUGUAAACAGUCCGGAGGAAUUUAUUUCCAUAAGCGAAGAAAUGGGUCGCCUUUUCCAGUACAACCGCUUUGGCGCCACGGAUAACAUCAACAAGAACAUCAGCAAGAAGGAUACUCAGCACAAGAACAAGAUGCUACGCAAUGCCAUCAAAUGCCCCGGCUACUCGGACAUCUAUGGUCAGUACAAUGAGGACCAGGCCUUCGAGAAGUGCCAACAAUGGAGCAACAAGCUGCAAUUCUCGACCGCCGGCGACAUGGAUAAGCAGGAACCGAUCCAGAGUCGCACGCACAAGGUCUACGACAGCAUGAAGAAUUUCCUGCACCGCAAACUCUUCGCACAGCCCUCGCAAAAGGAGCAGGCCUCGAACGAAGAACCCACCAGCGACUAUGAUGAGCAGGACCUUCUCGACUCCUCGUACCACGCCGACGCGGAGGAAGAGGAGGAGGAACGCGACGCGGACUGCAGCUGCAGCUCCACCGGGGAAAGCACCACCAGCAGUAGCCCAACCACGCCCAAGAGAUCGCCCCAGAAGUCUCUGCUCUCCCUCAACUGCUGGCAGAGCAGUCAGCCGAGCAGUGACUCCAAUCCCGAAGAGGAGGAGGAAGCAGAGGAGGACUCCGACGCAGGGAUCUCCGAUUGCUGUCAGCUGCUGGCGGAGAACUCCCCCAACUCCAUGAGCAAACGCCGCCGAGCUGCUCCCCUGUUCUCCAGAUACAUCAGCGCCAACCAAAACUCCGACGACGACGACGAUGAAGAGCCGGAGCUGCUGGCGUGUCCUUGGUACCAGCCCAGGAUUACGGCCAAGGCGGCAACGGAGCACCUGCAGCAGGCCACACCCGGAAGCUUUCUUCUGCGCCGCAGCACUCCGCGACACUUCGAACUGGUCCUGCGUCUGGAGAGGAUCAACAAGGUGAAGAGCUACCCGGUGCAGUCCACCCGGAACCAGAUGUACCGCCUGAAGGGAGCCAAGAAGCAGUUCACCAGCCUGAAGGCCCUGAUCACGCACCACUCGGUGAUGGCCGAGCAACUGCCAUUGACUCUGGAUCUGCCCAGGGAGCGUCAUGUGGUGAAAACCUCAUCUGUGCGCUACGCAGAUGACUUCGAGCCGCUGGAGUCCCUGCAGCUACUCGGCAUCCUGAAGAGUCUGCAGGCCAAGAGCAUCGAGAUAUAGAAAAUAAUUGUUACGCGGGGUUUCAGGGGGCGGGCCAAAUAAUAUCGAACUGCAAAGGGAACGAUAGGUGAAAUUAAUUAGGAAUUUGUUUGUUCUAUGCAUAAGUACUUGUGAUAUAGUUUACGUACUGGCGGGCUGAGCAACCCUCGAAUUUAGUUAAGGCUACCGACUAAUUGAAAUAUUUUGUAUCCGACAUAGGGCUAAGUUUUCUAUUGUGAAAGUGGAAUAUGAAUAAAAUCGAACAAUGGCAUUCAGCGAAAACGCAA